AUGGUGAGGAGUUUCCUUGCAUAUACAUACAUAUGUAUAUGGGCAUGGUUUGGUGGCAUGAUAUCCCUAUCUCGUGCAACGACACAGAUGUGGUUAUAUAUACCAAUGCAAACCUGCGGAGAAGAAGGGCCAGAAGUGGAAACGGGAGACACAAGGGGAAGAGCACUCCGACAUGAACAACGCCUAAAAGUCGACCGACCGACCGACCGACCGACCAACAUUUACUCACCUUCGCUUCCUUGGAACACUACGCCGGCGGAGAAAAAGCAACGAUUGCCGUCGGCUGCCGGUUGUUGGGCAAUGAAUGAUCAAAAAAUCGACGGGAUAUCAAAGGGGGAAAGAGGGAGGUGGACGACAGGAGGGAAACCUGAGGGGCGGGGUGGGCUGGGCUGGUAA